AUGAAAAGAUUUUGGAUACGAGAACUAUUGUUGCUGGUUUCCUUAUUAUUCAUCCUAAAUUUUAUGCUCCAAUCGAACUUUGCAAAAUUCAAUAAUUUUCGAAAGCCUAAAUUAACAUCUGCCAAAGGUUUGAUAAGUUAUGAAGAGGCAAAUGAGAAGAUUUUCAAGAAAUUUGGAUAUGAAAUAAUUGAAGAGACUUAUCCCAUUCCAAAACUUCGGGAAAUUGAGGAAAAAAGUUGUGAAAUUGUGAAUGAGCAAUGGUUGAACAUCGCAAUACAGGAUCGAAAUAUGUCAGAACCACCUAGGACUAUUCCGAAUUCGCAAGAAGAUUUGUAUUCUUUGAAUGGUUAUAUGCAUAUGCAAUUUGUAAGUUUUCUAGUAGUUUUCUAACAUGAGUUAUGACGUGGCAAACUUCGAAAAAUCAUUUUCAAAUCGAAAAUCUAACUUGUAAGGGAACUUUUUCCACUCUAAAAAUUGAUUUUUGGUAAAUUUUGACAUGGAGAUCACGAUUCUGCGGUUGAAAACUAUGAAAAUCGACUCUGAAUAUGAGUUAUGACGUGGCAAAGUUGAAAAUUUGCGACUUAAGGAGGUUAAAUCGCAAUUUUUCAACUUUUCCACGUCAUAACUCAUAUUCAUAAGUGAUUUCCAUAGUUUUCAACCGCAGAAUCGUGAUCUACAGGUCAAAAUUUACCAAAAAUCAAUUUUAAGUUAGAUUUUCAAUUUGAAAAUGAUUUUCCCAACUUUUCCACGUCAUAACUCUUGUUGAGUUCUGCAGGUCUAUUUUUGCAGAGCUAUAUGAAUGACCGAAAAAUUGGUGCAAACCAUCCAGUUUAUUGGAAUGAUAUAAGUCAUCGAAUGAAAUCGCCACCCACAGAUAAUUAUAGCCCAGAUGGUAAAUCUGUGAAUCAUGCGAUGAAAGCUGUUGGUGUCAAUAAUCAAAAUGGAUUAGUGGUUGGAAGUUUGUCAGCAUGGGUUGAAGUUUACGCGUUGAAAAACGGUGCCGCCCAUCUGCUAACCGUUGAGUACACCACAAUAAUCGUUGAGGAAGCAUGGAAACAUCGAAUCGAAACGAUUCUUCCAAUUGAUUUUGUCAAGAAAUCCGCGAAUUUCUCCAAUUCUUUCGAUUUUGUUUCGACAUUUUCAUCGAUUGAACAUUCGGGUUUGGGAAGAUUUGGCGAUCCAAUGGAUGCGAUUGGCGAUUUUCGAGAGAUGCAAAAAAUUCGAUGCGCUCUCAAAAAAGGCGGACACCUUUUCUUGGGAAUUCCCAUCGGCGUCGAUGGAAUUAUGUUCAAUUUACAUCGAAUUUAUGGACAACUUCGAUUGGCUAUGAUGUUUAGUGGUUUUGAAUGGAUUGCAACUUAUUCGGGAACUUCUGAAAAACCGGUUGAUUUGACGGAAACUGUUACAAAAUUCAAACCAAUGGAGCAUAUUCAAUACACUUUAGUUCUCAAAAAACUGUGA